AUGGUCACCAAAAGGAGAAGAACAGCAUCAUCAUCUAACACUGCCACAAUGGUCACCAAAAAGAAAAGAACAACAUCAUCACCAAAUUGGUCUGAGCUCCAGACUCAACUGUUAAACCUGAUCAUGAAAAAUCUUUCUAUCACCGACUUGCUUCGGUUCAAAGCAGUUUGUUCCUCCUGGAACCACGCCAUGGAAUCCUACUUUUCGGGUUCUGCUUCGGGGCCCCAAACACCAUGGCUCAUGCUCCCUCCUAUCCAACAAAACAGGACUCAUAACUACAACGACACCACUCGCUGCUUUUAUAGUUUCCAAGAGAAAAAACUUUACACCAUCGAGAGCGCGUUUCAAGAAUUUGACAAUGCUUGGUGUGUGGGUUCAUCACACGGCUGGCUGGUGAUUUUGGACAAAAGAGCAAACCCGCAUCUCUUGAAUCCGAUUUCUGGAAACAGAAUUCAACUCCCGCUGUUUUGGCCUGUUGAUCGCUCAAUCGACGAAAACCUGCGCAAGACUUAUAUUGCCAAGGCCAUCCUUUCCUCUGCCCCCACUGGCAAAUACAACAACUUUGUUGUAGUGAUCAUCUACGGCAGGCCUCUAGACCUACCAGCACCAUUGAAACUUGCCUUCUGUAAGUAUGGGGGGGCAUGGACUAGCUUGGAGGGCAAGCAUAGAGCAUAUAGUGACAUUAUAUUCCACAAUAACCAGCUAUUUGCAUUUGCUGAACAUGGCUCGGUUGAAGUUUGGGACUUCAAGAACACCUCUUUUCCCAUCAGAAUCAUCAAUCUCCAUCGACCUUCCUUAGGUUCUUUGCAAGACCGCUCGAAUAUUUUGAAGUUUCGGAGCUGGGAAUUUUCUACUCAGACUUAUUUGGUGGAGUCAUUGGGUGAGAUUUUGUUCGUGGGGCGAGUUAAAGGGAACUUUCUUGAUUGUCAAGGCAGAGCUGUUGAUCCGUUGAGCCCUGGUGAUGAGGAUUGUUUUCCGUACAGAACAAUGCAGUUUUAUAUCUUUAAGUUGAAUUUGAGUGCCAAAAAGUGGGAGAAAGUGGAAUGUUUGCCUGAUCGGGCUUUGUUUUUGGGUGGAAACCAGUCGAUAUCAUUAUCCACCAUUGAUUUCCCAGAGUUUGAAGAAAACUCAAUUUACUUCACAGAUGACAAGUGGGAUGAGAUCAGUUUUAAGUUCCACGGUUUUGCUAAUGAUUAUGGUGGCCAUGACAAUGGAAUUUACAGCAUACAAGACAAAGUUGUGAAGCCGUUUGAUCAAUUUGGUAAGUGGAGAAUCGACCCACCACCCUUUUGGAUUGUUCCUAAUCCAUGGUGA